AUGUCUGUUCUUGAUAACUUCCCCUCGAUGGAGGAGCUUUAUGAACGGCACGGCCAGGAGCACGGCAGCGACAGGGUGGUGCCGGAACUGCGAGACGAAUACGACAUGCUGCCGGAGGUAUACGAGGAAGCGUACGGUGCGCAGUUCAGCUACGACCUCCCGCUGAUUAUCUUCACAAAACCGCGUGCCGUGUCUGAACCCAUCAACUACGACGUCAGUGAAUACUACUUCAGCGCCGGGCUCGGGUUGGGCGUCCAUAAAAGGAUCGGGCUUGUGGUGGUGUUCCACCGAGACGNGCGGAAAAACUUUAUCAUCCCGUCGGUGCUAUUUGAAAGGUACGCGCAGGCCGUUUUGUGCAAAAUGACGCUGUUCCGAGAGGCCAUACAGUUGCUGAUAGCCAAGGACGAGCUCAGUCUGAAGCUCGUGCUAAGCUGCGAGAUCGGCGAGCCGGGGCUAGAGCACACGCGCGGCAUGCUUAGUGCGCGAUGCAUGCCNCUCCAGGCCGUGCCCAUCCACUUUGGCUUUGGCUGCGACUGCGGCAUCAUCCGAAGAAAGUAUGGUGAGUUAAGUCGCCACCCAUGUAUCCAAACGGAUACGAUCCGGGCGAUGGCGUACCAGAAAUUCCCGCAGAAGAAAGGCCGCAUGGCCGCCAACUUUGAGGUGUAUUGUCCCACGGACGACGGCUACGUAGAGGCUCGCGCCAGGGACGGGUCAUCAUCAAAUAAUAAUAAUAAUAACAAUAA